GCUUGAACUCGGAUGCUUGAUUUGCAGGCUUUCUAGCUAAAAUUCUCUGGCGCUCGCUGAUAUUCUCUGUACUGUUUACAUCUUCGAGUCAAUUUCAAGAGCACAUUGAGUUGUGAAGCCGGCAUAUGAGCCCUACACGUUCCGUCUGGCAAACACAGCCCCAACAUUCUCCUGCAUUCUAUGGUAGCUGCCUGACUUUGUUUCAUUUGGAGAAGAGAGAAUGCAUCCAAUGCACUGAAGGCAAGACCUCUUACUGACUUGGGAGAGAUACCUCCUCAGAACUAUUCCAUGGAGGCUGGAACGCAAAUGGACGGCUUUCUAGCCCCUCCGAGGAGCAGCCAACGGCUCAGAUCGACCGCCGCUCCAAACCUAGAAGAGCUCCCCCACCCCUCUGAAUUUGCACGGCUGCCCCCUCCGCCGUCUGCGGAACGUCAGGCCCUUCUUUUGCAGCUACAGCAAGCGCAGGAACGUCUGAGAGAGAGCACGAGAACAGCAGCCGAGGGGGGGCCAGCCAGGGCGGCAGCUGGAGGGGGGGGCACAGCUAGGGCUGCUGCAACACCCCCCCGGCCUCAGGAAGGGAACGCUGCAAGUGACCCCCCUUCAGGGGAAUUGCCCCGAGGCACCAGGUAUGAACGUCUGCGGUUUUUGCGGGAUGGGGUGGAGGAGACGCCGGCGGCUGCAGCGCGGGGCGGGUCACCAACCCCAAACCCAAACCCAAACCUGAAUAGUAACCCGGAUUUAGAAGCCCCCCCAGAACGGCAGGAGGACGAGGGCGGGGCUGCUGCGGUAGAUAAGUUUCUUCUGACUGAGGCGGAUUUCGAGAGGUUCCCUGCGCCCCCCCCUGAGGAGUUGCUGGCUGACAAGGAAGUAGUGGACUUUUUAUUGUUCAAUAACUUGCCUGAGUUUAAGGAGUUAUCGGUGGCGCAGCGGAAGGAUAAGCGGCGGAACAUCCGAGAUAAGGCGGCGAUCUUCGACGUCCAGGGGGGGCGGCUGAUCCGCUACCGGCAGGUAAAGCGAAAGCUGAACGAGGAGGGGCAACAGGCGGUGGUUAAGCUUUUGGUGUUAAGUUCGGCGCAGCGAGUCCAAGUGCUCAAGUCGGUGCACGACGAGGGGGGUCACCCGAGUCAUUUCGUAACACGUCAGCGCAUUGUCGACCGGUUCUGGUGGAAGACACAGGUGGAAGACCUGAAGAACUACUGCCGGGACUGCGAGCACUGCAAGGAGGUGGCGGCGCAGAGGGAGGGGAAAGAUAAGCGGCUCGCGCUGAGGACAGCGGCGGAGGUGCGGAUCGCGCAGCCGGCGAGUGCGAUCGAUUGGUUACUGAGGGGGGAGCCGGUACAGCAGAAGAAGGCGGUGUGGCUGGACUGUGACCCAGGGCACGACGACGCGAUGGCCAUAAUCCUGGCCGCAUUCACACACAGCCUCGAUCUGCUUGGAAUCAGCACGGUCGCCAGCAACCAGUCCCUUGAAAAGGUCACUGAGAACGCCCAGCGCAUAUUAGCGUUGAUACACCGAGAAGACAUAGGUGUCGUUCCUGGCGCGACAAAGCCCCUCCUGCGGCCCGUGCGCACGUGUCCGGAGAUCCACGGGGAGUCGGGGCUCGAUGGGGCGAGGCUUCCGCAGCCAACGGUGCGGCCGCUUUUGGGGAAGUCGGUCAACGUCAUGUUUGACGCCAUCAGCAAGCGAUUCAAGAACGACGGCAGUUCGCAAAAGGUGUCCCUUGUAGCGACAGGGGCACUGACGAACAUUGCACUGCUGCUCAGCGUCUACCCGGAAAUCAAGGAAAUGAUAGAGAUCACGAUGAUGGGGGGAUGCCUGGGGAUCGGGAACACGGGCCCCGUAGUGGAGUUCAACAUUCAGUGCGACCCAGAAGCCGCAAGCAUGGUCUUCGAGUCCGGGGUUUCGGUGACCAUGGUUCCGCUGGAGGUGACGCACACCGCCAACGUGUCGCCAGCUGUCAUAUCCGCCAUCCGUACCACAAACCCGACACCCUUCCGAGAAACCAUCUGCCACCUGCUCGAGUUCUUCAAGAAGACGUACCGCGAGGUGUUCAACAAGGAGUUUCCGCCCCUGCACGACCCUUGCGCGGUCGCUUACGUCAUCGAGCCCGAGAUGUUCAAGGUGGACCAUCUCCGAGUCGACAUCGAAACACGUAGCGAGUUGAGCGCGGGGCAAACCGUGGUCGACGUUUGGAAGCAGAGCGGUCGGCCGCCGAACGUGCACGUGGCUAGGAAGAUGGACGUCAAAGCCUUUUUCAACACGAUGCUUUUGGCCCUGGAUAAAGCAGACGCCAGGAUAAAAGCCGUCACAGAUCUCAACUGGCAAGGCAACUGCAUGAGCCUUCUCGGUUGAUAUCUGUAAGUGGAGUACUUAAACUUGCUCGAUCCUCGUUCUUUAUUACGUUGAGUCAGGUUUUUCGGACAAAUGGCACCUUCAUUCCGAAAGAUUGGAAAGGAUGCAUUUGAACGAAUCCAUGUUCAAGUGGCUGGAGGUCGGGAAUCUGUAGUAGAUACAAGCGCACAAAGACGCCUGUCGCCUCCAACGGGCCGCUGGCUAAAGAAGGGCAGCGCCCCUGUAAAUAUCGCGCCGAGUUAAUGCCAACACGAUUCCCAAGUUCGAGCUGGCGCGAAAAGAAGCUAGCUCUGUCAAACAGGGGGCGGAGUCUUACAUGUACUAGCGGCGAUCAAAAGUCUAGACUGAAGUGGUUGGCUGGCCGGUCAGGAUAUCUAGUUGGGCCACAUGCAACUAACAACGGGCAGGGCGGUCACGCCAAGAUCAAGGGUUUCCGACAACCCGUACCCUCAUGAAUCUACCGUAGCUAUAUAU